AUGCAAAUCCUCAUCACAGGAGCAGCGGGCUUCAUCGGCCAACUCCUCGCAAAGGAGCUCCUCAACGACCCAUCAUACAUCGUCACACUAACCGAUAUAAACGAGCCCCCAAUUCCCACAGGCGUCGCAUACCCUCAGAAUGCACGAUCGGUGACAACAGACCUCCUGAAAGGCGCAGACGCAGUCGUGGACAAAUCUCUCGAUGCCGUCUACGCUUUCCACGGAAUCAUGUCGUCCGGAUCUGAAGCCAAUUUCGACUUGGGCAUGAGCGUCAACGUAGAUGCUACCCGGAACUUGCUUGAGGCGCUCCGCAGAACCUGCCCCGGCGUGCGGGUAAUCUAUUCCUCGAGUCAGGCUGUCUAUGGCCAGCCACUACCCGAAGUAGUAAACGACAGUGUCAUCCCGACGCCGCAGUCGUCCUACGGCGCCGAGAAGAUCAUCUGUGAGACUCUUAUCAAUGAGUACACUCGCCGUGGCUUCAUCACGGGAUUCACUCUUCGGUUCCCCACUAUUUCUGUCCGUCCUGGUCGUCCAACAGCUGCCGCUUCGUCUUUUCUUUCUGGGAUGAUCCGCGAGCCGCUCGACGGCAAGGAGUGUGUCAUUCCGCUGGAGGAUAGGUCAUUCAAGUCUUGGCUAUGCUCGCCGAAAACUCUUGUUCAUAACCUCGUCCAUACAUUGUCGUUGCCCAAGGAUGCGUUGCCUCCUCAUAUCCGACAGAUUAAUGUGCCUGGUAUUUGUGUCACCAUUCAGGACAUGAUGGAUGCUUUGGAGAAGGUUGCAGGGAAGGAUAAGCUCGGUCUGUUAAAGGAGACGGAGGAUCCGACCCUCAGACCGAUUUUGGAGUCCUGGCCUACACGCUUCGACAAUUCCCAGGCUAUUUCACUGGGCUUUAAGCGGGACUCUUCGUUUGAGCAAGCAGUAAGAGAUUACCAGUUGGAGAUAGGACAGCAAUAA